UCCAGCUCUUCUUUCUGCUUCUGAUAAACUUAAGAUUGAGGCAACAAUGCUAUUCAAAAAGAUUUCCUUAAAGUUGGAUGCGCUGUCUCACUUCCAUUUUGCUCCAAAGCCGGUUAUUGAGGACAUGUCUAUACAAGUCAAUGUACCUGCUCUAGCAAUGGAAGAGGUUGCUCCAUUGGUCGUCUCAGAUGCGGCUAUGCUUGCCCCUGAGGAGAUUUUUCAUGGAAAAGGAAACAUCAAAGAAGAGGCAGAGUUAACAAAAGAAGAGAGGAAAAGGAGACGGGCCAACCAGAAAAGAAGAUUUAGAAGAUUGAAAGGUGUCCUCAAGAGUAUUGGAAUAACUCUCUUCGCAUGCGAAAUCACCGCCGGAAUACUUCACUAUGAAAUAUCGGUGCAUCAGUGA